UUAAGUCUAUCCAUAUCUAAUUGGAAGCGACGCCGAUCGAUCGGAUACGUACGGAGUAAGGGGUAUACCCGGCGCUUGGAAGUCCCGGGCCGGCGGGGAGGGGCGGCCUCGGUAAUUUUCAUAUGAUUCGCGAAUUACAAAGCUUCAAUUGCCAAUUAUUCGGAGCUUGGUCUAGCUCCAAGCUUUUUUAAGUUGGAGCUCUCCAACUACGUCAACGAUUUGACUACACAAAUCUAACAACCUUUUUAUGUCUCAUAUCUAAUGUGGGAUGUGAACGAAUGAUCAAAGGAAAAGACGACUUCACAAGAUAUAGCUUCUAUGUCAUCCACGAAUUCAAUCACAAUCUAGUUCAAUCAAUUCAGAACAAUGGCUUCAACAGCUUCAGUACUCCCCCGUAGCAUCAUGCGUGCGGCGCAAAGGCCUUCGUCCACCUCUGCUGCUAGACAAUUCCUGCUCUACCGUCCGCUAAGCAGCACAAGCGUCCGAAGGGCCGGCAUCUUCCCAGGCAACCUGCCGCCAAUGGAGCCACACAAGCAGCGUAGUGAAGAAGGAGAUGUUCAGGUCGGCGAGCUCGAGGGUACCGAGUUCCGCAUCGAGCCUAUGAAGCGGAACGGCGAGAAUGAUAGCACGAUGCGGGCGAGACUUGUCUACCAAAGCCGCAAACGCGGCAUCCUCGAAACCGACCUGCUCCUCUCCACCUUCGCCGACGAGUACCUGCCCACCAUGACACGUGAGCAGAUGGCCCAGUACGACUCCUUCCUCGACGAGAACGACUGGGACAUAUACUACUGGGCCACGCAGGAGCCGCCGCCCUCCUCCUCCGACACCACCACCACCACUGACUCCUCUUCUGCCUCUGCUUCCACCCCCACCCCAUCCAUCCAAACGCAAGACACAAGCUCCGCCGACUACGCCGGCGGCGUCGAAGCCGCUAUCUCCGAAGCCACACCCCUCGACACCUCUCCCUCGUCGCAGGAAACAUCCAUCCCGACGCGAUCCACAUCCACCGUAACCAUCCCUCCACACCAUCUCUCCGAGCCGCUGACCACAGGCGGCGUCCCGACGACCGGCGACGCGGGAGAAGGCAAGGAGGGGGGAACGGUAGGCGCGGCGGCCGCAACCGCCGCCUCGUCCGAGGAGCCGUAUAAGCAGCAGGGCGAGAGCGGCGAGUGGGCGCAGACGGUGGGGACCUUCAAGCCGGCGUACCGUCCCGUGCCGGCGCGGUGGCGCGACAGCGAGAUCCUGAGGUUGAUUCGGGACCAUGUGAAGACGAGGGCUAAGGAGAGGGGUGGGAUGGCGUUUAUGCCUGCGCUCAGACAUCCUUGAGUAUGUACGUACGUAUGUACGGACGGACGGACGGACGGGCAGUUUCAACUUGGUGGGGGGAGUUUAGGAGAGGGUUUGUGGGGUUUGUGUAUUAGGUAAUGCUAUUAAAGAAAAAAAAUGAAAAGGGGGAUGAUACUACACCGGUAGGAUGUAUUGUCGGCUUUUUACGAUUAUGGUAGCUGUUCGUUUACGGCUGGUUACUAGGUAAGAUGAAGUAUCACGGGGUUGGUGUCGGGUUAUGCUGAUUAAACUGUAUGGCUCGUCUAUAUUCUAUGAAUGAUGUAGUGAAAAAAACACAUGUAUAUCUAUCUAUACUUGGCUUCAUAUUAAAAGUGUCACAGCAAAUGUUUAUCGAAU